AACAAAUUGGAUGUAGUAACAAGUAGAAACUGGGAGGAAUAUCGUAGCACCCUACCUAAUUCCCCAUCUUUGUCGCAAUUUUGUAAUUUCAUUUGUAAUAAGGCUGAUUUACUAGAAACAAUUGAAGAUAAAUUAAAUCAGACUAACAAAUUACAACCUAAACCUAAGAGCUUUAUAGUUGCAACUAAUACUAACAGCGACAAUCUAGAUCAAAACAUACAAAAUAAUUCACAAAAUCAAAAAUUUAUAGAAAAAAUUAAAUGUCCAUUAUGUACUAAUAAUCAUCCACUUUACACAUGUGAAAAUUUUCGGAACUUACCUAUUGAAAAACGAAUUGUUAAAGUAAAGGAUUUCAAACUUUGUUUUAAUUGUUUACGUCCGGGUCAUUUAACUAAUCGAUGUAGAUUGUCGCAUUGCAAAUACUGUAAAGGCAAACAUAAUACGCUUUUGCAUGUUGACAAGCCUAAACCUACUUCUUACCAAGACCCCAUGCCUAGUAGUGUUGCCUUACCAACUAGCCUUUCUGGAGGUGCCUCUUUACCUACUUGCACGCCAGAUAAUGUAGUCUUAGCUAGUGACACUUCUACUGUACAUCAUACUACAUCUUCGCAUAUUUUGCUUUCCACAGCGUUGGUGAAAGUGGUCAGCGAGGGCAAGAAGGUCGACGCAAGAAUACUGCUGGAUAACGGUAGCACAGCCAACUUUAUUACGAGUUCAUUUUGUGACAGACUGCGAUUGCCUAGACGUAGUGCGAGCUCCACGGUGACAGGUAUAAAUAGUCAGAGUUCCACUAGCACACAGUCCUGUAACUUAGUCAUCGAGUCAAAUAACGGCGACUACAAAGCAGAGAUCGACUGUUUCAUACUGCCUCAGAUCACAAAACCAUUGCCGUUAUCAGUAAUUGAUACAACUAAAAUCCAAAUUCCAUCAAAUAUACAUCUAGCUGACCCUUCCUUUCAUAUUCCGUCAGCCAUCGACAUCUUAGUUGGCGCUGAAAUAUUUUGGAGCGUCAUAGGUCACGCUUCUAUUGACCUAGGCAAAAAUCAGCCCAAGUUUUAUGACACAAAGCUAGGGUGGAUUGUGUCAGGCCCUGUUGUGGCUCUUCAAUCACGUCCAUCGUCCUCAAAGCUUUCACAUUUUUGUAAUUUUUCCACAAUUGAAUCUAAUUUUCACCUUUGUUUGUUGUCGCAAUCUAAAUCAUAUUCAUCUAAUUUUUCAUCGCAGGAGGAACGAGCUUUGAAACAUAGAAAAGCACCUCCAAGCACACGGUGGACCUACACACCGUCUAUGAGCAAUCCAGCUGAUCAUUUUUCUCGCGGGCUGCAGGCUGACCUUAUCAGCGAGUGUUCUAUGUGCUCACGGCCUAACACUCGUAUUCAAAAAUGCCCGAGAAUAACGUGAAACAUUGCAUAAUAUUCCCAUUUCCAUAGUAUUCACAAUUUGUAACA